UUGUAAAAAAAUUCAAUUAGUUAAUCAUUUUAAUUCUGGAAGUACAAAUAAUGAUUGUUAUAGUUUUUUCAAUUAUAUUUCUGUUACUGUUAAUUUUUCAAUUGGUUUGGUGGUUGGUAUUUAGUUCAAAAUGGUCAACGGAAGCUAUUAACCAAUUGAAACAAAUACCAGGACCAUAUGAAUAUCCAUUAUUUGGAAAUUUUUUUGUUCUUUGGGGCUCAAGAGCUGAAAUGUGGAAAAGUCUUAGAAACUGUACGAAAUUAUAUAAUGGACGAUAUAAACUUCGUAUGUUGCAUAUUGUUGGGAUAAAUUUUGCUAAGCCCGAUGAUAUUGAGGAAAUAUUGAAAAGUUCGACGCAACUACAAAAAGGUUUCAUUUACUUUUUAAUAAAACCCUGGCUUCAAGAAGGUCUACUAACUAGUGCAGGCGAUUAUUGGCGUAUACGCCGUAAAAUGUUAACGCCAGCAUUUCAUUUCACAAUCUUAAAACAAUUCGCCAAUAUUUUUGAAGAAAAUAGUAAAUUAGCUGUUCGAAAUUUAUCAAAGGAAUGUGAUAAACUGUACACAAAUGUUGUGGAAUAUAUUAACGAUUAUGCAUUGCAUACUUUAUGUGAUACAACAUUGGGUUGUAAAUUUGAAUCUACAAGUGCAGAAUUUUCCAAUUAUAAAAAAGCAAUACAUAAAUUUGGCCAAAUUGUUGUAUAUCGUAUAUGUCGCCCAUGGGUUUUUCCAGAUUUUCUACUUAAUUUAUCUCUUCUGAAAUUUAAAGUACGGCAAACCAUAAAAACGUUACGAUCCUUCACUUCGAAAAUUAUUACGUCACGGCUACAAACUUGGGAUCCUAAUAUAGUAGAUAAUACAACAAUCGAAACAACAAGUGGACGAAGAUUGUAUUCAAUGUUAGAUUUGUUAAUAUUACACAUGAAAACUAAUGGUGACAUUGAUUAUAAGGGUAUUCAAGAAGAAGUGGAUACGUUUGUUUUUGAGGGUCAUGAUACUACAUCGGUUGCAAUAGUGAAUAUGUUAAUGCUUUUAGCAAAUCAUACAAAAGUCCAGGAUAAAAUUCUGGAAGAAUUGUACAGUGUGGUUGGAGAAGAUAUAUCUAAAAUAUCAUAUACUGACUUGCAAUCAUUAAAGUAUUUAGAAAUGUGUAUAAAAGAAACAUUGAGACUGUAUCCUUCUGUGCCAUUUAUUGCUCGUACUUUAACUGAACCGUUAGAAUUAAAGGAUGGAUUAGUAUUGCCAAAAGGUUUGUUGUGUAAUGUGCAUAUAUACGAUUUACAUCGUGACCCCGAAUAUUGGCCUGAACCAGAAAAAUUUAUUCCAGAACGAUUUACUGAUGAAAAUUGUGCAAAGCGACAUCCGUUUUCCUAUGUUCCAUUUAGUGCUGGACCCAGAAAUUGUAUUGGUCAAAAAUUUGCCAUACUUCAAAUAAAAUCAAUAAUAUCAAAUAUUUUGUUAAAUUACAUAUUGGAGCCAAUUGAUACACCAGAAUCAAUAACAUUACUUUGUGAUUUAGUAAUGCGAACCGAAAAACCGAUACGUGUAAAAUUCCGUAAACGAAUUAGAAAUUCAUAA